UAUAAAUACCUCACUGAGUCUUUCCAUUUUUAUUCAUCAAGUACUUAAACACAAUGGUUUCUCUCAAAGCUUUCUCAACUGUGUUUUUUCUUAUACUCGGCGUUAGCAUUUGCUACGCCACUAGCCGCAAUCUUUUGAACUACGGCCAAGCUUCUGGCGGUGGAGGACAUGGUGGUGGUGGAGGUUCUGGAGGAGUGAGUAGUGGAGGUUAUGGAGGAGAGAGUGGUGGUGGUUAUGGGGGCGGUAGUGGAGAAGGAGCUGGUGGAGGAUAUGGAGGUGCUGAAGGGUAUGCUAGUGGUGGCGGUAGUGGUCACGGUGGAGGUGGUGGUGGAGCUGCUUCCUCCGGUGGUUAUGCUAGUGGAGCAGGAGAAGGAGGAGGUGGUGGUUAUGGUGGAGCUGCUGGUGGUCAUGCUGGUGGUGGAGGUGGUGGUAGUGGAGGCGGUGGAGGAUCAGCUUACGGUGCUGGAGGAGAGCAUGCUAGUGGUUAUGGAAACGGAGCUGGUGAAGGUGGUGGCGCCGGUGCAAGUGGGUAUGGAGGGGGAGCUUAUGGAGGCGGCGGUGGUCAUGGAGGAGGAGGUGGUGGAGGAUCAGCAGGAGGGGCUCACGGCGGUAGUGGUUAUGGAGGCGGUGAAGGAGGAGGAGCUGGUGGUGGAGGGUCUCAUGGUGGUGCCGGAGGCUAUGGAGGUGGUGGCGGUGGAGGAAGUGGAGGAGGAGGAGCUUACGGCGGAGGAGGAGCACAUGGAGGUGGCUAUGGAAGUGGUGGUGGUGAAGGAGGUGGCUAUGGAGGAGGUGCAGCAGGAGGAUAUGGUGGUGGCGGUGGAGGAGGAGAAGGAGGAGGCGGUAGUUACGGUGGUGAACAUGGAGGUGGUUCAGGCGGAGGUCACGGUGGUGGUGGUGGUCACGGCGGUGGAGGCUAUGCCCCAUGAGGAAACCAACUUAAGAUCAGCCAAAAGAAAGGCUGAAAAAUAAAAGAUAAUCUGUGGAGGGGUAUACAAAUUAAAAUGCCUACUAUUUCAAAACAUUUUGUAUCCAUUAUUAUUGAACGUUGUAUUGUAUUUUCCUAAUAAUUGAAUAUUUUAUUGUCUUAUCAUUAUAUCAUCGAAAGCAUAAUCUCUUGCGAGGAGGUGUUCAACUUUGUGUCUAUAGAUGGCUAAAGCAGGGUUUUCGAGUGUCCGAGUGUUUGAUCAGUUAGUUGUGAUUGGUGUAUCCCUUUGUCGAAGUUCAAGGAUUCUUCCUUGUGCCUUAG